UUAUUAUUGAAUGUUAUAAGUGACUGAGAGAGACAGACAUCAGUGAACAUUACGUCGAAGAUCACUAAACGAACCAGGAGACGUUUCCUAGAUGAUGGUGAACGCUUCCACGGAUUCCUCCUCGCCGUUGCUGAUGUAUAUCAACCUCAAUAUUAAGACCUAAAAGUGAGCCAUGCUUCCUGGUAUUGGGGUAUUUGGCACUGGGGACAUUGUCAGAGCCCUGGUACCAUUCCUCAGAGCAAAAGGGUUUCGUGUUGAGGCAGUUUGGGGACGCACACUAGAAGCUGCAGAAAAUGUUGCAACAGAACUCAACAUUCCAUUUCAUACUAAUAAGGUGGAUGAUGUGCUGCUGAGGAAGGAUGUGGACUUGGUGUUCAUCAUUUGUCAACCAGACCUUCAUGCCCAGAUUGCUGUUAAAGCUCUUGGCAUUGGCAAGCAUGUUCUUUGUGAUAGACCAGCUGGCCUCUGUCAGCUUGAGGUGCUGAAGAUGGUACACGCUGCUCAGUAUUAUCCAUCACUCAUUUCUGUUAUAUCCCAUGGGCUCCGAUUUUUGCCAGCAUUUGUGCACAUGAAGCGGCAGAUAGAGGCUGGUUAUGUGGGUGUGGUCAAUGUGUGUGAUGUGAGAGUGCAUUGUGGCAGCAUGAUUGGAAAUCAGUUUGAUUGGAUGUGUAGUCAUCUGAUGGGUGGUGGGAUACUGACUAUGGUAGGCAGCCACAUCAUUGAUAUUGUGUCUUUUGUUACGGGACAGCGAGCAAAUCGUGUCCAUGGCAUGAUGCGCACCUUCACUAAAAGCACAGAGAAAAUAAAUGGGAUCAGGUGGAUUGAUAGUGAUGACUUUUGCAGCUUUCAAAUGAUCUUAGAUGGUGGAAGUUGUGUAACAGCUACUCUUAAUAGUCACAUGGCAGGAGGUUUCACUCAGGAAGUGGUAGUGUGUGGCAGCCGUGGGAGAUUAGUUGUGCGUGGAGCGAACCUCUAUGGUCAGAACCAUACAGCUGAAAAGGAAGAACAACUUCAUGAAGGCCCAGAUGAUGUGGCUCACCUAACAAACAAGAACAAUAGUGCCAGAAUCAAUUCUCUGUUACCACAGCCUUACCUUCAAGGACUCUUCAGAUUGGUUGGGGCUCUUAAAGAAGCCUUUGCAACAGGAGAUGGAGAACAUGGUUGGCUGAAAGAGCCCGUUUCCAGUGCUGCCACAUUUGAAGAUGGUCAGUAUGUUCAAGCAGUCAUCGAUGCCAUCAAACUGUCAUCGGCCAGUCGUCAGUGGGAACAGGUAACAGUAGCGAGUGAUGAGAAUGAAUUGAACCCCCUAAUGACCCGCCUUAACCUUCCUAACAUUAAUAUGAGCUCUCUGGAUGCACUCUCUCAGGCUCCAACUAACAGACCUCCUCCCCAGCGUAAGGUGACUAGUACAGAGUCCCACCUACCAUGGAGCUUUGCUACCAAGCACUAAAAUAUUGUUGGGAAUCUCCUCAUUGCUUUUUGUGGUUAUGUGCAUUGAAAAAUUCAGUGGUAGAUAUAACUGUCUCAAUGUAUUUCAAUAAAUAAGGCUGAUUGUAUGGCAAUGCACUCUUCAAAUGUAAAUAUUUGUGUAUCAGGUAAUUUCUGUGGAAGACUGUUAAAAUAGCCACUCCUCUUGAUAGUAAACACUGUAUUCUGAUUGAUGUUCCUACAUGCAAGUAACAGAAAACUCGCAUGAACUAUCCAUCAUUGUAAAUUUACGAAAAAAUACUUACACCAUUACUUUGCUAAUGUUUUUGAUUGUUGAUGAUACUUCCAUUGAAGAGCUUAAUUAUAAUGUGGUCAUCUUUCCAGAAUGCAUAAGUAACAUUAGUUUUUCCUAACUUGUUAUACAUCACCCAUUUUAUGUGUAAGUAAACAGUUCUUUCAAGAGGAAUUAUAUAUCUUACCUACAGUACCAGAAUAGGUCUUUAUACUUUAUUAAUUUAUCUGUCAUAGUCCAUGAAGCUUUAUAAGUAACAUAAGCUUUAUUUCUUUAGCUUUAAAAAAUGUGAAUAGCUAAAAUAGUUGAGGGUAAUAAGUGGCUAUAAUUUUAAUGGUUUAAUAUGUUGCCACUGAAUUUUAGCUUCCAACCUGAUGGUAUGGGGCACUACAGUAUAACAUGUCUUUUGUGCAGUAAUAUACUCUGUGUAUUCCUUCUUUAAAGUGAAAUGAUUCCAAUAAUAAGGUUAGGUACUGUAUAAUGGAAUGCUCCUGUGGAUACUAAUUGUGAUUCCAGCAAAAUUUGGGCUCACAUUUGUGUGUGAAUUAGUGGAUUUUAAGUUUAAACUCAAUUUUAGUAAAAGGGAGAAAAUUGCAUGAAUUCAUGGACAGACUUUGUGGAUAAAACUUAUUGUAAUCCUAACAGUAUGAGGAGCUAACCUGUACCAUCUCUGAAAAAGAAAGGUACUUCUGCAGUGACUUUAUGGAUGAUGCUUUAGUGUAGUGCCCCAUGCUUAAAAUCGUGUCAAUAUUGUUGCUGGGUUUUGACAUAAUGUACAGUAGAGUACUUCUGUAACAAACAACUAACCAUUGCAUUUAGUAGUGUAGUGUAGUGUAAUUGUAAUUAGCUUUUGGGUAGUAAUGAUGAUAAUUAUACUUGAGUAAUGUGUACAAACUCGUACCUAUUUAACUGCAAUAAUGGCUUAAUAGUCUUUGUAAUUCAAUUCCUCUUCGAUGAUAUACAUUAUGUUUUAUUCUUUCUCUGUACAGUACUAACUAUUGAGAAAUGCAUCAUUGAUAUUAACGUGAGUACUGUCCACAUAAUAAUUUAAAAAGAAAAUUUAGUACAGAGUUAAGAAAAGAUACACUUUUUCUUACACAUAUCUUUGUGGAAAUUAAGUGUGGGCUACAAUCAGUUUUUUUAAAUAUGCUAAACAAUUAUUUUGUUUAAGUUACAUCUAUCACCAUUACUCAGCUGGUACUGUACACAUAUUGAAAACAGUUUGCUUAGUUGUUGUACAGUAUACUGUUGUGUACCUGUACUGUAUAAGUAAAAUCUGACUGCUCAAAUAGUCCCCAGCCCUAGAGAGCCCAACCUAAUCUGGUCACCAGUUCAGACGAUUAAGGUACGGACCAUUUGAUUACCAUCUUAGAAUAAUCAAGCAACUUAUCCUUCAAUAUAUGUACAGUAAGGAUAAUUAUUUUAAUUACAGCAACUACAGAUACUGUAUUUUUAUAAUACUGUAGUAAUUUUCCUUGUAUUUCAAUGAAUAAUGACAAUGUUAGCCAUAAUAGAGACCAAGUGGAUCUCAGCUGCUCACUACAACAAGUUAUGCACAGGGGUCUUGAUAAAGGUGCAGUAAUUUCAAAACAGACUUCUGCUGCUUUGGGUCAUUGGUGAUAAAUUUUUCUUUUAAGUAGCUAUGUAGAUUUUUUUCUGUAUAGUAAAUAUUUAAUUUAAGCUAAUUUUGCCCUUUUAACAUUGUUGGUAACCAAUGCCUCAUGGUGUAUACUGUCCUAAGAAUGCCACUAAUACUCAUUUAAAAAAAAUCACAGUUUCCAAGAUACAGUUUGUAUGUCUUUGCAUUGCAGCCAAGUUUAACAUUUCCAAGUGCAGAUAUUCAUCUUAUUGUUAUUUAAAUUUUACCGAAUUUAAGGGAAAAAUUACUUGCCUGUAUUGUUCCUUGUUGAGUUGGUAUGUAACAAACAGUCCUUAGACAAAGCUAUCAUCACUUGUCACAUUAUAAAGUUAUUUUUUUCCUUUUCAUCCAAAUGAUUUUUAAAAUAUCAGAGCUCUUUGAAAAUAUAUAUACAGGUAUGAAGAAUUUAAAUUCAAGUAUAGAUGCAACUUUUAAUAGAAGUUUUUUCCUGAGACCUUCAAAACAUGUAUUGUGCACCAUUACUGUUAAUCUCUCUUCUAACUUGACUUUCAAUAUUAUCUUUUGUAAUUAUAGCAAAUGCUUUUGGCUUAUUUAUUUUGCUGGUAUCAAAACUUUUACAUACUACUCCAUGGCAGAUGUGUAUUUGUUUUAUGUAUAUUGGUAAUGCUCUUUCUCUCUUCCUUCCAUCAUCUCCUUUACCCUCUUCCAUCUUUUUGACUGUCCACCCUCUUCUUUCUCAGCUUACUCUUCCUUCUCAUAUCUCUCUCUCUCAGGCUACUCUCUCUUCUCAUAUAUUUUUCAGCUUACUCUCCCUUCUCAUAUAUUUCUCACCCGCCUCUUCCUUCUCAUAUCCUUCAGUUUAUUCCUAUCCUCCUCUUCCUUCCCCUCUUUUACCCCCUUUUUCCUUCUCAUAUGUCUCAGCCUCCUCUUCCUUCUCCCUCCUCUCUCUCUCAGCCUAAUCUUCCUUCCUCCCUCUCUCUUAGUAAGGUUCCUCCACCAACUCUCACACCUUCCUCUACCUAUUUCUACCAUCAUAGUUUGCACACACACAGACACUAUUCUUUACUCUUUAUUAAUAAUUACAGAAUAUAGUGAUGUCAUUGUUGAGUUUUGGAAAGGUCUAGGUUCAAUACAGUAUAUGUCAAUAUAAUAAUGGCAAUGUUGUUCUUGUUAAAGUGUUCGUUUCUAUUGUUGGUUACUUAAUAGGAUCCUUGUCUGCUGUAAAGUACACUAUUAUAAUGGCUGUUUUCCUAGUCAGUUUCAUACAAAAAGGCUUCUCAUGCUUGUUACAGUAUCUUGCUCAUAGCAUUUUACUAAAAAGAAAAUAAUCACAAACACUAAUCACCAAAAUCACACAAAUUGUCAUCAGAAGCUUAAUUACUCACACCAUAUUAUUUUGAUUACACACAGUUAACAGAUUUUGUAAAUACAGUACUUUUGAUCCUUGAUGGGAAUUGAAUAUUUAAGAGUCAGCAUCCUUUGUGAUGGUUUUAACAUAUACAUACUGUACAAUGUAGUACCAGUAGUGUACCCAGUAGUUUGGGAUAAAAUGCAAUACUGUUAAGUCAUUUAGAUGGUCCUAUCUUAGUGUACUGUAUGUGAUUCAUAUACAUGUGCUGUCCACUCAAGGAAUCCAGAAAGUUGAGGCGAGUUACUUGGUGAUUUAUCAUAGGGUGACAUGUGUAGAUGAGGCAUUCACUUAGAAUCUCGUAGUUUUGUCACGUUAGGGGUCAUUUUACCCCUUUUCUUGUCAUUUUAUUGUUUAUUUUCUUGGUGUAGUCAUCAAGGGGUUGAAUCAAAGUAAGAUGUAUAUAUACAUGUGAUCUAAUGAGUGUUUGUAUAUACUGUACUGCAUAUGUUUUUUUUAAGUUAGUAUUAUUAUUUAUUACCUUUUCUUAUUUCAGAUUGUCAUAGAGAAAAUCUAGGUGACGGGUGACAAACCCAAGUUACUUGUCAUUGUCAAUAUUUCCAUGUUGCUAAUUUUCCUGAAAACUUUAUUUUUAUAAAAUUAAAUUCACUCAUUCA